UCCCUUCUCUUAAAUGCAAGCCACCGUAGGUACCGGUAGUUAUUGGAGCUGAAACUAAUUCUAAUUGAAACUUAAAGGAUUUUUUUUUUAGAAGGAGACCACAGAUUGGUCCUUCCAGUAUAUGCUGCAAUGGAUGAUGAAUCAAAAACUGUGUUGAUGCUUCGCAGCCUCCACUGUUGUCAGAGGUGUGUCCUUCGAUUCCUUGGAAGGAAGAAUAUCCAUGUCUACGCUAAUCCUUUAGAGUCUUGUCCAUCUUUGUGGAAAUUGGAAGACGGAGAGGGAGGCCCAAAGCAGGCCAGUACAGACUCUGAAGUUGACCAUAAUCCUGAUCAAGCUAAACAGUCUGAGUUAAAAAGUGAAGGGAGCAAAGAUGGUGAGAUCUGCCCAGCUUGUCUUGGUAUACUACAAUCUUUGUGUGAUGAACAGACUGUAGAAAAGAUUUGCUGUGAUGUGGAGGCUUUAAAAUAUGAUUUCAAGACUUAUAUGUUGACUCUCGCACUUCCUCUCCAGCUGGACAUUAGACAGCAUUGUUUGCUAACUCAUCUCAAUGAAAUCUGCAAAUUGUCUUUGAAGUCCACCGACAUCACACCUAUUAAGGAUGUCUUCAAGUGGGUUUGUGGUCGUCUCUUCAGCUACCGGUUCAAGGUCAGGUUCUCUCCAAAGAGCUCAUUUGAGGUUGGCUUGAGUUUUGAACAUCAGGAAACACAAGGAGAAGUAGACACAUUAUAUGAUGAGGUAACAGAUAAAGAACCAGCUCACAAAAGACAAAAGUUUUGGAAGAAUUCUCACAAGAAGAAAGAAGGGCCUACUAAACAGCUGAUUGGAAGUGCACUUCGAGGGCUGACUAGUAGGCAUCUCAAGAGAUUGCUUCCUCAUCCUCCAGUCAUCCCUCAGAGUGGAUCUUCAUACUCCAUUGAAUGUCUUCAUGAAUCAGUUUUCCUUGCUGGUCGUUACACCAAACAUUCUCGACACCUAUCACAAACCCCAUGGAUUCUAGAGGGUGAAAGGAAGACAGAAUCUUCUGUAGAGGAGCAUAUAUGUGAACCAAUUCAAGAAGCAUUGAGAGCAGCAGAUUAUCGGUUUGCUUCAUCUGGUAGAGAGGAUGUUGAUGUAAGGACAUUAGGCAAAGGGAGGCCGUUUGUGGUAGAGGUUGUCAACCCACGUAAGAAUAUUGUCUGUGUAGAAGAAUGCAAAGGUCUCCAGGAGGAGAUUAAUAAAAGGACAUCAGAUGUUGGGGUGAGGGAUCUUCAGAUUGUCGGCAAAGAUGCAACAAUGAAAUUAAAAGAGGGAGAGACUGAAAAGAAGAAGUCAUACAUGGCCUUAGUUAGGGUAGCAGCACCAGUAAGCCAAGAAAAUCUGGACAAAUUAAAUACUGAUCAGGAAAUAGUUUUGAAGCAGAAAACACCAAUCAGAGUUCUUCAUAGGCGCCCCCUUGCCACUAGGGAACGUUCUGUUCAUUCCAUGACAACAGAGAGAAUAGAUGACCUCAACUUUAAACUGUUUUUAUGUACACAAGCAGGAACAUACAUCAAGGAGUUUGUACAUGGUGACCUUGGCAGAACUCAGCCUAAUGUAGGAACGAUUCUCAAUACAGAUGCUGAUAUCACAGAGCUGGAUGUCACAGCUGUGCAUGUAGAUUGGCCACCUGAAUUAGAUGACUCAUCAAAGAGGACACAUACAGACAUCAACAAUUGAGGUCAGACACAGAAGAUGCUACUAUGUACAUGUACAAGCUUUAAUGUAGAAAAUGAUACAGUAUCAGGUUUACAACUAUGUUACAGAAAUAUACUGAGAUUCAAACAAUUUGAGUUAAAGUACUUUUUUUUUCAAUUCUGUUGUAUUUCAUUUUGAUUAAUACUUUGCAAAAUUUUCCUAAGAUUUGAUAAGCAGAUAGCAGAUAUUUAAAAAGAAAUUAGUAAUUAGAACAAAUAAAAUAAUUUUUCUUUAUUUUUUUUUAUCUGAAUGAUUGCUUUACAUUAUAUAAUUUAGCAAUCUCGGUUUGGCUAAGUUCUCCAAUGCUUUGCUCAUACAGUACUGAGUUUUGACUAGCAAUUAAUUUACACUGUAUUAGAUUUUCUUACAAAAGGCAAGGCAAGCUAGAAUAAUAAAGGAAAUGAACAAACUAAUAUCAAAAGCAUAGAUUGGAUCAAGCUAUUCACAAACCUUGCUUAUUCUUUACAUAAUAUAUUACAUUACAUACUUUGCCUAUAGGUAUUAAUUAGAGUUUAGAAUGUAUUGAUGUCCAAGACACUUUAAAACUAUGUGAUUUGAAUUCUUAUAUUCCAUGUUAUAACAAUUUCUACGUAAUACAAAGAAGCUGAAGUAAGCUUGGAGCACUCAUGAAUUUAUGAAUGGAAACUUUAAGAAAAAACAAACAGUUUAUACAUCAAUUUGGGCUCAUUGUACAAUACCUUAUCAUAUAAAUAAUAUUACAUUUCUAAUGUUGCUAACCUUAUUUUCCAGUAUUUGGAUUUAUCUUGUUUAAUAUAUUUUAGUUCUCAUUUAUUGUAUGCUCCAAUAAUUUUUACCAACACCACCAAGUGUCACAUUCAAACACUUACUUUUAAAUAUGCAUCCAUGUUUUAUUCAAGUAUAUCUCACGACUUUGAAUUGUCAUCAUUAAUAUGUGAUGCAAAAGCUAUUGGUAUAAGUUUUCUUUUUAAUGUAGUCCAUUUUACUUUAUUUCCCUAGAGAUAUCUUGCUUACAAAUGUGAUCUCUAUGGCCCAUAUUCCAAGGUCCAGUUUAUCUUAGGCCAUGGUCUAAUUCUUCAAAAAUUAUGGGAAGCCAAACAUGUCAAUAAUGUUGUUUACUUUGUUUGUUUGUCAUGUUGUCUGUCUUAUGCCUCAAUGGUGAAGAAAACUUUAUUUGUUAUUAUACACAGACAGUUAUGAAUGGAUCGAGCAGUAAAUGUGCUGAUAAAGUGAACCUCUAAUGCUAGAGAUUAAUGGUGCAAUUGGCUAUCCAUAGUUAAACCACAACUUUAGGCCAGAGUUUGAAUUAGACUUGAGUUCAGAAUAUGGGCCAGUGUGUCUUUGGGCAACCUAGCACAGCAAACGAUGAUCUUCAUCUCCAAGCAAGAUCCUACAAGAUGAUACAAGAAAAAGAAAUCAAAAGAAAUUGUCAAAAGAUAUUGGGAAACAAAUCUGGAGAUAAAAGGGUACUCAAGUUGUGAGAAAGGUGAAAAUAGUCAUUAACAAGUUUUAAGUUUCUUUUCAUCAUAUUUAGAAAAAUAUAAAAAAAUAUUGUCAAUUUCAAAGGACUGAUGAUUUGACAAUAAAAAUAUGAAGAAAAAAAAACAGCUGAAAUAUUAGAGUUGAAUACAUUGUAGGUAUUUUUGUGUGCAGCAAGACGAGUCAUUUUUUUGGGGGGGAUGGGGAUAAUUCCAAGAUACAUGUAGCACACCAUAUGUGCGCUUCUUCAUAGGUACUUUAAAUAAACCAACAAAGCAGCCCCUUGAUGCCAAAUAGUGCAUAUUUGAUUAGCAUUUAGCUGUAAUAUGACAAGCCAAUAACCCAUCUUUAAAAAAAAAAUGUUUGAGCCAAGGCUAACAAACCAGGUGUGCAAGUUAAAGAGAGUUGGUUUGAUACUUCUAUUACCUUUUACAGCACUGUUAAAAACAUUACAAUAUCAAAUUUGGUACAAUAUAUAUGAGAUUUUAUAAUUUUGUACCAAACGUCAAUUUAUUCUAUUCUCAAUUUGAGUGUAUAUCAAUAUUGUCUAGCGGUACUGCCAAGGUUGCUAUUCUAUAAUUUAUGUGAGUUCUUCACAGGGGCCUUUAGAUUCUAGAAAAUGAAGGGUAGGCCUACAUGGUAAACAACGUUUUGAUGUUGCUUUUAAAAAUUUCAUCUCAUUGAAAAUAACGAGUGGAGUGAGGCUGAAGGAGGAAAAAAUCAGUAAGUUUUGUUUUAAUACUGACUGUUGGUUAGAUGAUGAUUAUGCAAAUUAAUUACAUGAUUUUAUUUCUUAGUAAUUAUUUGCCCCCAAUAAUGGUAAAGAAAAAAUGGCUAUCAGAAAUGGGACAGUACUCAAUAUGUUCAGGCAAAGACUCUUUUCACAGCCUUGGUAUUAAAUCUUAUGUAAUAAAAAUCAGACAAAAUGUUUAUUUGAAUGUCUCAUGCACUACACAGUGUAUGCUAACAGUGUUUAGAUAUCAAAUAUGUUUGAUAUCAAUCGUAGAUAUCAAGUUUCAUGCAAAAUUAAUAAAGACUAUUAUUUUUCAAUUUUGUAUAUAAAAACUU